AUGGAAAUGUCAUAUCAAUUUGCACGCUCGGAUCGUAGAGGGGACCAUGCCAUAUUCCAAACCCUAUUUUCCCCCAUUAAUUUCCGGGAAACCAAUUAUUAUGUAGAAAAUAUAAAAACUAAUUAUAAACGUAUUCAUGAAAUUAGGGCAAAAGUACAAACUGAAACUAAUGAUGCCCUAAAUGAAAAUGAAAUCUCUGCAAUAAAGAAGAGUGGCUUUAGGGGCCACGUAGACAUUAGUUACAAAAGCUCUGAGUCUUUAGCCCUCUCCCCUCUGCCUCUUCAACAGUACUUUACGACAAUGAAAAAGAUCGUGAUGCGUAAAUCAAGAUCCUCUGUUUCUCACUGCAUGCUCGUUACCAUACGUACUCAUAGGAGUUUAUAAAUCAGAGGGCCUAUAGAAAGUGUAUUCUAAGU